GUAUCGAGGAAGAAGAAAAACAAAACAAAGCCUUGCUAGCAGUGACAGCGUGAGGACUCCACUAGAGGCUCCGACCCACAAAACACUUGAGAGCUUUUUGCACGCAGCGAGACGUUGGCACGGCCCGCCUAGAGACUUGAUCCCGCACAGAAGUAACGCGUGCACGUGGUGACACGCCUGACCACAUCGGAUUGAGCCGCCACACUCACGCCGCCCCUCCCCCGUCCCUCCCCCAGGCACCCCGCACACCUCUGGGACUGGACAGGAGGCCCGGAAGUUCCCCCCACCCCCCACCCCCGCUGGAGCUCUAAGCUGUGCCUUGCGAUGCCUCAGGUUAGCAGCCCAGCGUCAGUGGGAUGGAGCCUCCCUUUGGGGACGACUUUCAGAACUACUCCUUUGCUGACCAGGCGCUGACCAGCACUGAGCUGCUAGCCAGCACCUCCGACCCAGAUUUCAUGUAUGAACUGGACAGAGAUAUGAGUCACCGACAGAGCCCCUACAGCGAUGGCAUGGUGGGCAUUACCGAAGGAGUCAAAGAGUCUGACAGCGGCGGCACGGAGCAGCUGAUGUUGUCGGGCGAGUGUGACACCAUACACAGCAACUCGGCGUUUGAACAGUGGGACUCGUACUGGGAAGAUCUGACCAGAUACACUCGCUUGGCCAGCUGUGACAUUUGGGGCACCAAGGAGGUGGACUUCCUGGGAAUCGACGACUUCUCCAGUCCUUACCAGGAUGAGGAGGUGAUCGGCCGAACUCCCACCUUGGCUCAGCUCAACAGCGAAGACUCACAGCCCGUUUGCGAGGCGCUCUGCCCCCCUGUUGACCUCACCCCACCGGCACCACCGCUACCGCCCCCGCAACCCUCCUGCCCCUAUAAGAGACCCCCUCUUCUUGGGUCAGGCCCCGGCCUUUCUCGGCCCACCACAAGCUCCUCCUCGUCUCGCCACUGCCGGAAUCUUCUCCUGGACUUUCCAGAAGGCUUCCAGAAGGCCACCAGGCCGGUCCCUUCCAACACUGAGACUAUGACAAAGACGCAGCCCCCCCUGAGUCCCACCCCGGACCACACCCACGUUCCAGUCAAAGUCCAGGGGCGAGCAAGCAAAAUGGCCGCUCCUGCCUCUGGCAGCUGUGACUUUGUGCGCAAGGCUAAGGUGCGCGUGAGUGCCCCUUAUAAAAGUCAGGCUGACGCUCCCUCCCAGACUUACUUUGAGAGGGCAGACGCUCCCCAUGACAACAUGGCUUCCACCUCCAGCAGUGGCAGCUUUGAAAGGAGAGCGGAGCCGAGCAGGAGGAGAGAGACGACCGCGGUGUGGUCCGCUGCCCCCCAGCUGGUGGAGGCCAGCCCUGACCUGGAAGGUGGAGCAUCAGCAGCGAGCAGCGUUGAGGCUGUGGGCGGGGCCAGCGGCGAGGGCACGGAUGUCGUCGAUGGCACGGAGAAGAGCAAAGAAGAGCACAACUACUCGCUCUUCUUGACGCAAAGCCGCCUGGCGGGAAGAAGCCACUCCCAGCUGGUAGAAGAGGAAGAGGAGGAGGAAGAGGAAGAGGAGGAAGAAGAGGCGGAAGAGGAGGAGGAGGAAGAGGAAGGUGAUGGGUUGGAGCUGGAUGACGAAGACCACGAUGAAGGCUUUGGCAGCGAGCAUGAACUUUCUGACAACGAAGAGGAGGACGAGGACGAAGACUACGAAGCCGACAAGGAUGACGACAUGAGUGACGCCUUCUCCGAGCCAGGCUGCGACGUGGCACUGAUGGAUGACGUCAAGGAUUUGACAGCGGGGGUGUCGAGCCGCAAGCGAGCGAAGCGCCGCUACUUCUGGGAAUACAGUGAGCAGUUGACACCCUCCAAGCAGGAACGCAUGCUCAAACCUUCUGAGUGGGACCGACACACACUGCCCAGCAACCUGUACCAGAAGAACGGACCCCUGCACGGCAAGUACACAUUGAAGAAGUCUCGGCGUACAGACGUGGAAGACCUGACUCCCAAUCCCAGGAAACUUCUUCAGAUCGGCACAGAGCUACGAAAACUCAACAAGGUGAUCGGCGACCUGACGCCUGUCAGCGAGCUACCCAUCACUGCACGCCCCUGGUCCCGCAAGGAGAAAAACAAGCUGGCAUCCAGGGCGUGUCGUCUGAAGAAGAAGGCUCAGUAUGAAGCCAACAAGGUCAAGCUGUGGGGACUCAGCACAGAGUAUGAUCGCCUGCUGUUCGUCAUAAACACCAUCAAGGAGGAGAUCGUCGCUCGCGUGGAGGACUCGUCCCCUCGGUCCAGCAGCAUGAGCGACACGCUGGAGCGACUCAUCCAGGAGACACUCGUGGCACCGCCUGUUGCUGGGCAGACUUCAGACUUCGUAAACAAGAUCCUCGAGAACACGGGAUGCGGCGACCCCACUGGUGGUCUGGUGGGCCUGCGAGUGCCCACCUCUAAAAUCUAGACAGACGGCGGUCCACCGAGCGGCGUGGAUUCAGCGUUCCCACCGUGCUGUCCCUUUGUAACCACGCCCCUCUGCAUGCCCCUCCUGCCCAGAGUACAUGCACAUGUUUAGUCACACGAGCACACAUCGUACGUGUGUGUGUGUGUGCUUCUUGUAGCACCUUGUUGCACCUGAAUGACGCCCUCGCUUCCCUGCACCCCACGCCGCCGCUUCGCCCCCUGACUGGCUCGUCUUGUCUUUGGUCUACAGCGCCCCCACAGGCGAGCGUGUUGUUAGCAUGCAUGUCACGCAGCAGCACGUUAAGUCAACAGCUUUGGUUGCCACGGCGACCACCAAGAACAGCGUGCCUGCCUGCACGUGUUCCCAAAUCGAAGGGGGACGUUCCACGUGGAUGGAGUGUAACGGCAUCAGAUGGAAUUGAUGAAGAUGAAGCUCCUCUGGGAGGAAGGUGGCUCCCCACCCCUGUUGUGUAAUACCUGUACAGUAGAUGUGAGCGCUCAGAGUGUGUGUUCAUACUCGUGUUUGAUCCCACUUCUAUUCAUUGUGCCUUGUGUGCGUGUGUGUGUGUGACGGCGGGAGAUGUACUUGGUGUGUGUGCGUGGGAGGAGACGCCUGCAAGGGUUGUGAUGUGUUCAAAGAUCUGAAUGUAUAUUAAUAUGAGCGCUCUGCUUGCGUGAUGCCACAGAGUCACUGUGUGUGUGUAUGUGCGCGCGAGUGUGGCCUCUGCAAUAGAUGACUUUUGCUUGUUGGUACUCUCUCUAGUGAGGAGGGGCAGUGUGUGGGUUUGGGGGAGGGGGCGGGGAUUACUGAGAGCUAUUUUUGAGUUACGAACGAAUAUUUGCACACUCUAUUUUGAUUGUUUUUGUACCAAAGACACAUGCAACAAGAUGGCGACCAGCCAGUCAACGUAAGGUUUUGCACAGCUUACCUGAUGCCGUAUUGAAUGUAACACAGUGCGUGCGGGGGUCUGUAGGGGAGGGGGGAGGGGUUUGGGGGGACCUCGUAGAACUGUGAAUCUAGUUGGGUCCAACAAAAGGAGCAUUCAUUUCUUUCAGUCUUUGGCGAACCUGCGAGCGCUGCGAGAUAAGCUAACGUCGACAACCAAAAUGUUCCCGCGUUUGUCCUGAAGAUGUACAUAAGCUGGUUGUCGUGGCAACUGAGUCCUCCUCCAGCAUGGCACCUUGUAAUGUCCCCUCUGCAUUGACACCUUGUCUGUUUUUCUACUUUAGCCCCCGGCUGGUGUCAAAAGUUUGGACACACAAUCAGGAUUGUUGUCAUGGAGAAGUCAUGUGACCUUUCCCCGAUUAGCUUGUAGAUGACACUCUAACCACACGCCUUGUGGGUGUUGCCGUGUGCGUGUGUGUGGUGUUCCUCCUAGCGGGACAUGCUGACAUUCCCAGGAAUUUGAACUAUUAAUGAAUCAUUUGUAGAUUUCAUCGUGCUCCACACGUAUAUACAGUAUAUAUAAUAUAUAAAUAUUUCUAUUUUUAAUGAUGUGGUUCCGUCUAAAGAAGGGAGAACUGGUGCUUUUUUGGGGAAGGAUGAUCCAAGAUUCUUAUUUGACUCGCUCUCCUAUCCCGUCCAUUUCCAUUUUUUUAGUUUGCAUUUUUUGUAAAUAUUUCUGAAGUUAAACUACGUGGUAGAUGAUCUACAGUCUAUAUAUAUCUAAAUAUAUAUGUGUUGAAAAUACUAUAUGUUUAAAGCAAAAGCACUUUGUCCAAAAAAAGAAAAGAGAAAAAAGAAAAGAAAAACAUUUUUUUCUUCCAUUUGCUGCUAAAAGGCCUGGUGUGUGAAUGCUGCGAGACGACUACUUGCUAGGGCGACACCCCACCCCAUCCCACCUCCCCUCACCCCGUGUUUCACAUGGCUCGGUCCAGUCUGGACCCGGUCCAUGAGUAACGUUUCCAAAAUGUUCCUGUUGUGUGGCAAACGGGGUGUGUGUGUGUGUGUGUGUGUGUGUGUGAAACGGGCCGGGUCUAUGUCCUGGACAGUGUGUUGCCUUGAGUAGAAGUUUCCUAUGGAAAAACAGAUUGUGCUUUGACUUCCUCUUCAGGGUGAUGUACAGUGUAGACGGCUACAUUGUCAUUUGUAAACUGAUUUCUACUUGUGACUUAACAAGGAGGCGGGGUUUAGAAGUUCUAUAUAUAUAUCACUGUACUGUAUGGCAAGCCAACCAUGAAGACUCAAUGUGGACUUAUUCUGCCUUCCUAAACAACUUUCACCACUCAACAAUAAAGCAUGGACAGGAGGCGUGGCCACGGGGGCCGGCCCUGCCCUUAUCUGGUCAACUUCAACCAACCCACUCAGCCUGAUUGGCUCAGAACCACCUCGACUGAAGUAGCAUCCUUGUCAGUUUUGCAGGGGAAGGGGGUCAACCUGUGGUUCGCGGUCCACUGGCUGACAAACAGUAGACUGGCUGUCAAAUGUGUGUGUGUGUGUGUGUGUGUGUAUGUGUGUAGAGGCAUGGGAACGUAAAAAGACUCUGUGGCAUUUUUACAGUCCAGGAAAUGAAAGGAGAGAAAAUGGCCGCCACCGAGCUAGCGAUAACGUGUACCUUUGUGCUACUUUGUCGACAAACGUUGAUGGCGACGCUCUUCAGAAAAUCAGGGUAAUUUUUCCUUCUUCUGUGUGACGUGUGGAGUGUGAAAGUGGGCGGGGCCACCUGUGACUAGUCAGUGUCAAUCAACAUGGUGCAACGCCCCCCCCACCACCCGACCCCACCCCCAGCAGGCCAACAGACUUUUUCUCCAGCGUGCUCCGGUGCGGCUCGGUUACAUGGUGCUGAUUGCUUCCCGUCGGCCUCUCUGAGCGUGCCUGGAGUUGUCUUUGUAAAAGCAAAGACUCACGCCUCGCCAACGCCACCCGAUAAGAAAAGAAUUGUGCAAAGUCCACACAUCACGGCAUAUCAUAGCAGCCCCACAUACCGUGCAAGUAUGACCCCUGGUGGCUGCGAGCAGUCGAGUAAUGGCGUCAUUGUGUUCUUUGAACAGGAAAGUACUGACAACGCUAGCGGCGCACCUAGCAUCUUCGCUGUGUGGCUUUCUGUCAAGACUGCCGCUUAGCUAGCUAGCUCAGGCUAACAUUGGGCGGCGUGGUCAGACGUGAGUCUUGCUUCCAGAUGUUUCCGAAGCAUUUCAAAAGUUUCCUGUCCUGUCGUACAACACUUUUGCUCCAAAACAUUUGGAAAAGCAGUUUGAGCGAGUGUGGUCAUGUGACCGCUGGGCUCGUUGGACUCACUUUCUCAGUGGAAAGACUUCUACUUGCUGCUAUGGGACGAGCUCCAAGGGUUCUGGACUCUUUGUGUAAUGGACCUGCACUCACUAGGACCAGAACAUGCUAACUCCAGUAUGAGGCCUGCUCAACCCGGUGCCUUAAUCUGAUACCAGAACACCAGUCUGCACCUCCGUCCGUCAGUCAGAACCUCCAGCCGGGCUUCCCACAACUUUUAUUUCGUUUGGGGAACCCGGUUCUGUUCUGCCCGUCUCUGCUCACUACGCCACCUCAAAGCAUUCGGAAUCAUGUCAUGCUUUACAGUUUUUUUAUAAGCAAAGUGCCAGGCCUCGCUUUAGAUGGUGCUAGCAUGACCGCGGCUAAGUGCUAACAUGGCCCAAAUGUUUUUUUUGGUGAUAAUUGAGUUCCAUGUGCUGCUGCUGCUGAUCUUACAAAGAUAAGGAGGAUGAAGAAUGUCAAGCCCUCCUCCUCCCACUUCCUGUCAGGCCUUGAUUGUCUUUGUAUUGACGUUCCGUCCUGUUGUUCAUAUUAUCUUCUUUGGAUUCCUUUUCAUUUAUUAAUACAUAAACUGUGGAAUAUUUGGUCUGGUGCCGCUGAAAGCCAGUGAACGUUUUAGUCUUUUGACGCAGCCACCAGGUGGCAGCAGCAGCAGUGAACAUUGGCCUGAAGAAGCUCUAUUGCGGUGACUGGAGCGACACAUGCUCACCAGCGCCCCUCCAGCAUUGGAGGGGAAUCAAAUAUACGACUUUUUUUUAAUGGCGCUGACGCAAUCCGUAUCGGUAACGUAAUCGGUUCUGCGCAUGCGCGAUAUCGACAUCACUUCCUGCUUUCGCACAUUUUUACAACAGUGCUUUGACGACGUCACGUGCGGCGGUAGUUAACCGUACUUCAUACAUUGAAUAUAUUGGGAGGUCAUGUUAUUAGUGACUCUUAUUAAAAGAAAUUUGUUAGCAUGUGGAUGUUUCUAGACUGAACUACGUAAAAACUAAACACUAUGCACGUAGCGCAUACGCAUGCGCCACAUAUCCGGUUACAUAUAUAUGAAUACAUCCCAUUAAAUUCAGUUAUAUUUGAAUGCAAUAAUGGAUUCAUUUAGAGGCUUCAGCUAAGAAGGUUUUAUUUUUUUAAACGUAGAAAUACCAAGUAGGGAUGCUCCGAUCAGGGUUUUAUGCAGCCAAUUCAGAUACCGAUCAUCCAAGACAGAAAUCGACUGAUAACGAUACCAAUACAAUCACAUGGAUUAUUUAUACAUUUUUCAAUGUAUUCAUGAUGAGUGAUAUACGAGUCUGGACAAUUCCAAGGUCGCUUGAUUCCCAAAAAAGUAGUCAAGGGGGGUGGCAACGUCAUUUGUUUCAUGGGACCCAGAAUUCCUGUUACUGCCUAUCUGAUAUAGACAAUAAAAUCACCUUCAUUUAGACAAAAAUAUAUUUUACUAACUUGUGAAAUUUCCAGAGGAUGAGACUGCGCUCGUCCGAUGAAUUGAAUUAUUUUUCGGGUUAUUAGCUUAGCCGUCUUGGCUUAGCUGUCCCAUACAGUUGAGUGUUAGCCACAUGGUUACGUGAGCUGCUCACCAUACUAUACUCGGUCAAGUGUCGACUAAAGCUUUUUAAGGUGCUACCCCUGUAAAGAUUGUUUUCGUGGCAUGUGUUAGCAGUUAGGUACCACACCGCAGACAUGAUGGUCGCUGUCGGCUGCAAUAGUGCUAUCCACAGGUGAUCGGCUUUGAACGGCAUUUUGGCAUAUGCCGAUUUUUACGGAAAUGGGCUGAUCCUGAUUGGUGGUGAUCCCUAAUCCAAACAUAACUUGUUAGCAAACGCAUUUGUAUUUUUUCAGUGGCGAAAAAAAAACUUUAUUUAUGGAACCAAGAAAAGAUAGCUCAUAGCUAUGUUGUAUGUUUGUAAGUUUUUUGGGAGUGGAGGGCUAACAUAUAUUGCACAUGUGUCGUACAAAUGUUGGUGCUUGACGUUUACGCUAUGUAACUGUCGUAAAAUAGAUCGACAAAUGACGUACAUUUCAUGUGCGAAGAAGAGCAAAUCGCUUGCCCAGCACGUGCCUGCCGAAAAAUAGACGCAUUCUACACAUGCCUAGAACGGAUUGCAUUUCUGGUUCAGAUUACAUAGUGACGGCCAUUUCUGUUCACGUAUACCUGACAGCAGGGCGGAGAAAGGUGCCUCAUUUUGUUUAAAAAAAAAAAAAAAAAAGAAGUCAUAAAUUUGUCUCAAGUCUUAGGAAUUUUCUGGAAAAGCUUUCGGGUGCUUUUCUUUUAUUCCAGAUUUUUCCAAAAAGGGCUUUGAGGUGAGUGAAGUGAAGGCCGGUGGGCAGAGACACCCAACCCCCCCUCCAAACCAGUACCCUAAAUCCCACCCCGUCCAUCAUGGUUCCUCUGGUGCAGACUGAACUUCCCAACCUGAUCCAAGUUCCCCGGCGACACAAUUCCGCGAUUGAGGAAGAAGCUUUUCCGUCGUUCAAGUUUUCCUCGGAAGUCCAGCGCUACACGCCGCCGUGGUUGUGAUGCUCGUGGUCUUGUACGGUGACUUUAGCGGACAGCGUGGGAUGUUUGCGUGCUUGUAGUUACCUCCCCACCAGCCCCACCCGCUGUCGCUAGGACGGCCCACUUCAUGGCUCUACUUCUUGUCAUCCAGAAAGACAACCUGCUGAAACCAACUUCCUCUCUUUAGCGACCACGUCUAUCUUUGUAGUUCACAUAUAUGCCUGUUAUACAAGUACACUUGUUCUAUUUAUGUUGUGUAAGAAAUGUCGUGCUACUCAACUUUGCUUUCUUUCUUUUGGAGCCACACGCAUGGUCAUCUAACAGAUGUUUUUUUUUUAUUGUUAUAAUUUUUUAUUUGUAAUGGUUGUACUGUAACAACAAGUCAUUGUGUAUCAGAGCUUCUUGCAAAAGAUUUGGUGUCUGGCUGCUCGACACUCGCCCACAAUCUCUGUGGUGUUUGUGCCUCUUGUUGAUUUGUCCAACAAUCAUUGUUUCGCUCUUGUAUCAGCCAGGAGUUGGUACAGCACCUCUGCUUGUAAUCACAAUAGUCCCAUUUUCUUCAUUGAGUUUAAUAUCAAAUAUAAUAAAACCAUUAGCACCCCAA